AUUAUAGUCUGACGAACUGUGUUUAAACAUGGAUUUUAUUUUAUUCUUGCUAAGUCUUCUAACAGUUUUGUUUAAUGGUAUCGAUUGCAGACUUUUCCGCAGUGACUACCAAUUUUACCAGGAGGUAGAUGGGUGGGUCAAGCUGCACCAAGUGCCUGCACCUUGGGAAGAUGCCAGACUGCGUUGUGAGUUGGAAGGUGCAAUUCUGGCGUCACCUCACACACGGAAUUUGGAGUCAAUUAUGAGAAGAGUAAUGGCUAAUACUCACUCGGAGGCCUCGGGAGUGUUCACGGGGGUCCAUGCGACGUUCUCGAAGGGGGAUUUCUAUUCAGUUGAUGGUAUACCACUUUCAAAAAUGCCAGUUCAAUGGAUGCCCAGCGAACCAGACAAUCAGAAUAACGCAGAAAGCUGCAUCGUUAUGGUCGCCAAUGGUACAAUAGCUGACGUGAGCUGCUACGAUGUUUAUCCAUACGUUUGCUUCAAAAAGAGGACUAAAAAUAUGAUUAUGAAUGUGUGUGGUACUACUGACCCAGAAUAUAAACUGAAUGAACAAACUGGGCAUUGCUACAAGUUCCAUUUAACCCCGCGCAACUGGACCAGGGCUUUCAUGGUGUGCUCAGCAGAAGGAGCACACCUGGCUAUCAUCAACAGUGAUGAGGAGGCAGGAGUUCUGAAGGAGUUGCACGGGAGACAUAAAGCGGAUGAUCUACCGUAUGACACCAUAUUCUUGGGUUUCCAGGAUUGGGGAGAGAACGGAGUGUGGACCACCAUACACGGGCAGUCGUUAGCUGAUUCAGGAUACGCGAAGUUUCAGCCAGGACAGCCAGACAACGCGUCGCCCGGUGAAAACUGCGGCUCCAUGUUCAGGAAUGGUUAUUUUAAUGAUGCCUGGUGCUACGUGAAACUGGCGUUCAUUUGUGAGAAGACAGUGGACAGCUUGAUGGAUGACAUGGACGUUUGAAGUAGAACAGAAAACAACAGGGCUCUAAGUCUUCUAGCUUAAAACAAGCUGGAUUGCUCUGUGUCAGAAUUGUUAUGCUAGUUGUGCUAGUAUGAUAAAAAAUAAGAUUUUUUAUUUAUUGAAUCUUUGGUUAAUGACAUGCCAUGGAAUACGUUUUAUGGGAUAUUUUCGUUGGUAACAUUGAAUGACUGAAAAUUGAUUCAUCAAGACACUAUUGCAAUUCAUAUAAUAUGUACAUAUACCGAUGCCAUUAUGACUACGAUAAGGUUUUAUGUCAAAGUUUGUUUAAUUUUAAUGGUGUGUUAUUUAAAUAGUAUAUAAGAAAUGGCUUCCAGGGCACAAGAGGCGGACACGAAGAAGUUUGUUUGGCUAGUUGCCGCCUGCGUUUUUUUUAAUUUAUGUUAGGUUCAGUUCACUCAUUAUACACUUUUGUAAUCUCUUUAUAGUUCAUAAUGCAUCUAAUUAAAAUGCG